AUGAUCAUAUUCCUGUGUCUUGCGUGGGCUGCAUGGGUGCUGUUCGUCAACGGCCAACAAUUUGAUGGCUAUGAAAUGCCAUAUGAUGAUCUGGGUCUAAGCGAUGCUUGCUUCGACGCAGUUAACACCACAGUAUCGUCAUGUCCUGCAUGGGUUGCCGGGUAUACCGGAGUUGAAGAUUCGAGCUUUGAUAUUGUUCCAAGCGAACAACUUAGGGUCCUGUGUGAAAGUACAUGUCGCUCUGAUCUUGCUAGUCUGCGGCAAGCAAUUCAAACUGCAUGCACUGAAGCAACGGAUGUGAUGGUUCCAGGUGGUUCGAUUGCAUAUCCUGCCACAUUCAUGACCGAUCGCUACCUCUAUUCCACCAGUCUAUCUUGCCUAACUGAUCCUCGCUGGUUGGGAUGCUCAAACUUGGCAUCCUGGAGAGGCUGGUAUCUUUGUGUCAGCUCGCCAACUGGUACAGCCAUUGUGAGCGAGGGCUCCAGCACAACUACUGCUGUAGCAGAGCCUACUGAUGCCCAAUCUCUAUCCAACGCCAAUUGUGCGAAGUGGCAUGAGGUCUUAUCUGGAGAGGACUGUUCGACGAUCUCACUCAAGUAUGCCAUUUCUUUGAACACGUCCUACUGUGUUGAAGCAGUAGGAAAUAUUGCUACUUAUACCGGAUAUGUCACCUCCACUGCAGCAUACAUUUUCACGAAGCCUGCCCCGACAACAUACACCCCGACCCCUGCUGCCACGGCUACCCCUGAGCCCACAGCAUCUGUUUAUAAUAAUGCGUUUAGUUCGACUAUCGCGGAUGCGGCAGCGGUGGAUUCAUGCGAUAUCUGGGCCAGCAUCGCAGACGUCACCGUCGAUGAUCUUCUUAGCUGGAACCCGAGCUUAUCAGCCAGUGACUGUGCCUUCAUGCCUGGUGUUCAACCAUCUGAUUGCAAUUGCUAUAUCCAGCUCCGCGCUGCCGAUAAGAGUGCUUUCAACUGCACGAUGUUUUGGUCUCUUUUCAACGUCUCUGUCGCCACCGUCACCUCGCUUAAUCCUUGGAUAGGUAGUGAUUGUGACGUAGGUGUCUGGAACGUACUCUCUAGCGAUGGAUUCGAACAAAUAUGCGUCGAAAGGAACUCCUCGGCAGUUCCUACUUCUAAGACCUCAACGAUAUUAGCGUCUACCUCCACCAUCAGCACAACCGCCACUCCGCCAGCGGAGGUCAUGCCAGAUGAAGCUUCCACCUGCAACAAAUGGCAUACUGUGGUGUCGGGCGACGGUUGCCAAGCCAUUGCUGAUCAAAAUGACAUCCUGCUGAGCGACUUCUACAAAUGGAACCCGAGCGUCGGAACAAGUUGCUCAUCACUGUGGCUUGUAUGCGCUAUCUGCGUGGGAGUUUCAUUUUAA